AUGGAUGACAUCUUGUUCUACACAUCCCUCACUCUUAUCUUCAUCCUAUUUACCUUCAAGUUCUUGGUCCAACCAAACCGACGUCGUUACAAAAACCUUCCACCAACCCCACCUUCACUUCCAAUCAUUGGCCAUCUCCAUCUCCUACGACCCCCCGUCCACCGAACCUUCCACAGCCUCUCCCAAAAAUACGGCGCCGUUUUUUCACUCUGGUUUGGCUCUCGCCGCGUGGUCAUAGUCUCCUCCCCGUCCGCAGUCGAAGAAUGCUUCACCAAAAACGACAUCGUUUUAGCCAACCGCCCUCCCUCGCUCAUCGGCAAGCACUUUGGCUACAACCACACCACACUCUCCUCCUCCCCGUACGGCGACCACUGGCGCAACCUCCGCCGCAUUGGCUCCACCGAUAUCUUCUCCACCGCCCGACUCCAGACGUUCUCCGAGAUCAGAAAGGACGAAGUCAAACACUUAUUACUUAAACUCUCACAAAACGCACGUGACGGUUUUGCAAAGGUGGAGCUCAAGUCCAUGUUCAAUGAGCUCACCUUUAACAUCAUAAUGACGAUGGUGGCGGGAAAGAGGUACUACGGCGACGACGUGUCAGUUGACAAAGAAGAGGCCAAGCAUUUCAGGCAGAUUAUGAGAGAGGCGUUCUCUUAUAGCGGCGCAGCAAACUCAGCUAAGUUUUUUCCGAGUUUGAAUUGGGUUGGGAGCGGUUUUUAUGAGAAGAAGGUGAAGACGUUGGCUGAAAGGACAGAUGUGUUCUUGCAGGGAUUGAUUGAUGAGCACAGGAGGAAGGGUAACAAUGGUACUACAAUGAUUAACCAUCUUCUUUCCCUGCAAAAGUCGCAGCCUGAAUAUUACAACGAUCAAAUCAUCAAGGGCCUUAUUCUGGUAAUGAUAUUCGCGGCUAGAGCUGAGCUAGAUGCUCAACUUGGCCAAGAAAACUUAGUGGAUGAACCAGACCUCUCUAAACUACCCUACCUCCGAAGUAUCAUUUCAGAGACCCUCCGUUUAUGUCCAGCAGCUCCAUUGCUAGUACCACAUUUUUCCUCCGAUGACUGUACUAUUGAAGGAUUCGAUGUGCCGCGUGAGACAAUGGUAUUGGUCAAUGCAUGGGCUCUGCAUAGAGAUCCUCAACUGUGGGAUGAUCCUGAAAGUUUCAUGCCUGAGAGGUUUGAAAGUGCUGACGAUUUGUCCCACAAACUCAUGCCAUUUGGGCUUGGAAGAAGGGCUUGCCCUGGAGUAGGCCUGGCCCAACGUGUGGUGGGCUUGACGUUGGCGUCACUAAUUCAAUGCUUUGAUUGGGAGAGAAUUAGUGAGGAGGAGAUUGACAUGGCUGAAGGUAAAGGAGUCACAAUGCCUAAAGUUGUUCCGUUGGAGGCUAUGUGUAGGGCACGCUCGGUUAUGACCAAGGUUCUAUCUUGA